AUGUCGAAGAGCUCUUUUAAAGCAUUCGUCGAGUACAAGGCUUGGUUUGCUGCUAAAGAGUUGGUAGAUAGUGAGAGAAGAUAUGUGGAUAAACUGCGGUUGUUAGAUGAGAUAUUCCGAGAAAGAGUGGUAAAAGAAGCGGCCAUCGACAAGGACAAGCAGCAUAAGAUAUUCGCAAAUAUUGCUAGUUUGUAUCAAUUCCACAAUACCCACUUCCUUCCUCAAUUAAUGGAGGCAAGCCGAGAUUGGCACACAACGAAAAGAAUAGCAAAUGUCGUCCGAAAGCAAGCACCAUUCCUGAAAAUGUACUCUGAAUACACAAACAACUAUGACAGAGCCACAAAGGUGUUUGAAGAAAUGAAGAAGAAGAAGAAGUUUGCCGAUGUUGUACGCGAAAUUGAAAAACUUCCCGAAUGUGAAGGUCUACCCCUCAGUCACCACUUGAUCUGUCCCGUUCAAAGAGUGAUGCGGUAUCAGCUACUUCUUCAGGUGGCUAUU